AUGGUCCCCCUCCCGCCCUCCUCCCCCAGCCCCCAAGGUCAUCUCUGUUGUCUCUUUUGCUGCAAAGUUUUCCCCCCUUUCUUUCCUGUCCUUGAAGAGUUGGAGAAGGACAAAAACGAGUUGUUGUCAGCGGCGAGCUUCGGGUACCGGCGACAAGUGGAGUCCCCAAAACGGAGAGCGGUAGGGAAUUCCGCCCCAGGUCCGCCCUCGAUUCUCGUUUGGCGCCGGCCCGAGAUGUCCUUAAGCCGUUUUUCUGUUGCCGUGCAUCCGUGAGAACCGUGGCUGUUCUCGCGAGAAU